CGGCCACGUGGUAUAUAUUGACCUACAAUUAGUGUGACCGGUCAUCAAUGGUCUCACAGAACUGUUGCGAAAGACUUCGAUUGCGGCGACGACGGAGGGUUCAUCACCAUGGAGAUGAAUCGCGGGGAAGCGGAGAAGUGCAUGGAACUCGGGAAGAAGCACCUGCGCGCUGGCAACUACCGCCAAGCCGUGAAAUGGUUUGACAAAUCCAUCCGAUUGUUUCCGCUGCCAGGGGCCGAAGCCUUGCGUGGAAGGUCAGAGGAGUCUGCGAAGCAGCAGGAAGCGCCCUCGCCGUCGGCAUCUUCUCGCGCAGCACCUGCAGCUGCAACACCUUCCUCUUCUAACGCGUCCUCCACCGUGUCCCAGCCGGAAGACACGCGUCCAUACACAGAGGACCAAGUUCGAAUAGUGCGCAAGAUCAAAAUGUGCAAGACGCAUUACGACGUCUUGGGCGUGGCCAAGAACGCAGAUGAGAACGAGGUCAAAAAGGCAUAUCGCAAGCUUGCUUUGAAGCUGCACCCAGACAAAAACAGUGCACCGGGUGCAGAGGAUGCGUUCAAGGCUGUGGGCAAAGCGUUUACCAUCCUCAGCGACGACCAGAAGCGAGCAGAUUACGAUCGAUUUGGGGACAACGCUCCUGGCGAGAACAACAGUCGGCAACGGUCGCGGCAGCAGCAUCACGGCGGGUUCCACGACGAAGACAUUAGUCCAGAGGACAUUUUCAACAUGUUCUUUGGGGGUGGCAUGCCGAGGCAGCGCCAGCGCCAACGCCAGGCGCAGCCGCGUCAACAAGCGGACCAGACGCCGCGAACCCCCAUGCAGCAAUUGCUCCAAUUCCUGCCGCUCAUUUUGGUGCUGUGUCUGUCGUUGUUUUCGUUUCCGGGAAAUCAAACCGCCCCGUUCAGCUUGAACCCGACGCAAGAGAUGCCAGUCCAACGCACCACCCGCAUGCGAAACGUCGUGAACGGCAUCCCGUACUACGUCGCACGGGACUUCGAGCGCAAGUACACAAACGACUGGCGAGACCUCAUGCGCGUGGAGCAAAUGGUCGAGUCGUGGCAUGUGCAGAAACUGCGGGAAGGAUGCGAAGGCGAGCGGCUCAAGCAAAAGCGACGCAUCAACAAGGCCCGCAACCACAAGAAUGUCAACGAGCGAGAGGCGGCCGUGAAGAAGGCGCUGUCGGUCGCAUUGCCCACUUGCGAUGAACUCAACCGGUUGCAAGAGUAGACAGAUGUUAGGCGUCGAGGCAACCAAAACCCUAGAGUGACCGCACUUGCAAAUUCAAAACAAUUGUUACAAAUCUCUGAUUGGAUGAAACUAUAGUUUAGUAUAAAUUGCAGC